AUGUUGCGAAAAGUGAAGUACGUCGUAAACCUUUAUGAAUAUACCUUGACGGGGAACAAAAAUUUCCCAUCAGAACAAUGAGUUCAGCUAUUGAAGAGGAAAAGGAAAUUUUAGAGUCCAUUUAUCCAGAUGAAUUCCAGUGUUUGGAUGAAAGAACGUUUCAGAUCACUCAAACAAUAGACCCGGAAGAAUCUAAAUGCUCAGACCCUCCCUCCGUCAUUUUUAUCGCAACCUUAAGCGAUGAAUAUCCUAAUGAAAUCCCUGACACAAAAAUCCGCUUUAGUCCGCCUCAUCGUUGGCUUGGAGAAGAGCAAUUGAAGCGUCUCCAAGAGGUCGUCAAUCAAAAUGCGCAAGAAUGCUUGGGCAUGGCCAUGAUCUUUUCUCUUUGCUCCAUACUAAAAGAAGAGGUAAAUAUCGUUCUUUCUGAACAGUGUGAAAAGGAAGAAAAAGAAAUUGAAGAUAUUCAAAAUCGUGAAAUUGAACUGGAGAACGAAAAAUUCCAGGGUACCCCCGUGACAGUUGAAUCGUUCAUGAAAUGGAAGAAGGAAUUUGAUAUCUGGAGAGAGGAAGAAAUUCGUAAAGAGAAUGAAGAAAAGCUUCGCGAAGCAUUGAAUGCUACUUCUAACACUAAUGCACGGAAGGCAAUUCUUGAAAAGAAACUGACCGGUCGUCAACUUUUUGAAAGGAACAUGGUCAAGGUUGACGAUUCCGAAGAUUACGAUCAUCUAUAAGGCUUUUAGAGAUAUAUAUUUAUUCUUUUCUUGUUUCUAAGUUUUUGAAUUGUCAACCAGUUUUGAGUCUUGCUCUAUUGAACACUUUUUCUUCAAUUUUCCCUUUUUUUUAUUAUUUCAUCAUUCCAAACUCGAGGAUUCCAUAAUAUCCUUUAUUUGGUUAUUUUACAGGAAUAGAACAUCUGGUUUAAAUUCUUGUACAACUAGACACAUAUCUUAAGCGUUCAGAACCAUGUGCCUCUAUUCUGUUGAAACGGUAGAAAGCCCGUAUUGAACGAACAAAAAGUAUUCCAAUGUUAGCCUUUUUUUCUCUUCGACAUAGAUCUAAUAGGCCGAUCCAAAUAUUCAUUAUAUUCAUUCACUUAAGAAUGAAAAUUCAAAAGAUUCAAUGCUAAAUCAUAUUUUUAUUCCUUAUUGAUUUUACUGCUUUAAAAAAAGGUUUUAAGGAUCAGGAGUAUGUCAUUUGGGGACACAAUAUAGCAUGAAGAGCAUGAAGAGCAAUUAGGAAAGCCUCACUUAUUUGUUUUGAUUGAUAUUACGAGUUCAAAUGUAAGUAAAAAUGUUAAAACCUAAAAAAGUAUUGAUUGUAAAUGAAAAAAAAUAACUUUACCGUCC